CGGCCCCUCCCCGCGCGGAGCCCUGCCCACGGGGCGGCCGCCCGGCCCUACCUGCGGCCGCGCUUCUCCUCUUUGGCGGCCGCAGUCGAAGAGCUGCCGGCGGAGCUCCCGCAGCGUCGUGAAGUUCUGUUCUGUAGGGUAAAAAUGAAUGUUGGAGUUGCGCACAGCGAAGUGAAUCCAAACACGCAAGUGAUGAACAGCCGUGGAAUGUGGCUGACAUACACGCUUGGAGUUGGCCUGCUUCACAUCAUCCUGCUCAGCAUUCCUUUCUUUAGCAUCCCUGUUGCAUGGACGUUAACAAAUGUGAUUCACAACCUGGGAAUGUAUGUCUUCUUGCAUGCAGUAAAGGGAACUCCUUUUGAAACACCUGAUCAGGGGAAAGCGAGGCUCCUGACGCACUGGGAACAACUGGAUUAUGGAGUACAAUUUACAUCUUCAAGAAAAUUCUUCACAAUCUCUCCUAUAAUUCUGUACUUCCUGGCAAGUUUCUACACAAAGUAUGAUCCGACACACUUUAUCUUCAACACCACCUCUCUUCUGACAGUGCUUAUCCCCAAGCUGCCACAGUUGCACGGUGUUCGAAUCUUUGGCAUCAAUAAAUACUAGACAGAAGGUGUGAUGCUGACUGAUCCUGGCACGGAUACUGCUUCUCGGGCAAAGGAAAUGAGUAGUCUGCUGUUAUCUAAUUGUAUUCAAUGACAGAUGCUUUUACAUCUGAGAUACAAUUACUACUUCCUGAAAGGAAGCAUUGUCUGGGGUGAAAGUUGAGUUUAUAAGAUGCCUUCAAAUAGUGAAAUGGGAAUGGGAAACUUCUAGAUGAAAGAUUUCCUGAAGUAGUGGGCAGGCCCAGCUCUACGGUGUAAUCAGCACUACGAGUAGAUGUCGGUCUGGCUGAGGCAGGUAAGGGAGGUGUGAAUAACUGCUGAAAUGGGGAGUAAUGUUUCACCAGCACCCAGUCAGCUGUGCCGCAAAUGGUAACUUACUGUAUAAGUCCAGCAGCCUCCGUUCAAAGGAUUGGCGAGGCUACUUCUUUUGUAGAUAGGUGAAAGUAGCUGGUUCGUGCUCUGUGGAUUGUGAACGGGUGUGUUUGUUACUGCAUUGUACAAGAUUGUCUCAGUAAAUACUGUGACAGUUGGUAAAAAGGGAUGGUAUGAUUCAUGCCUUAUCUGUCCUUGUAAUUUUUGUCACAAAGACCACAGAAAGUCUGUAACUGUCUGCUCAGGGGUCAUUGCUACAUCAACUCGAUAGCUCAGUUUAGGUAUGCUUUUGCAAGUUGCCACUGUUGUGUUUAUUUCAGUUUGCUUACCAGAACAUUGACUUUUCUAUCUGUAAUUGGGACAUCCUGAACCCUGUAACGCUGCAGGAAAGGGAGCUGUAGGAGAAGCAGCUUCACCAUAGAUCAAGUCAGAGGAAUAAGAGAAAUUCUGUGUAGAUCAUAGGUUAGAGCAGAAGUGGAACUAGCCGUAGGUGAAGAGACAGGUUACACAGCCUGACUGCAUGGUUUGCAGAAAAAGAUACAAACAGCUUGUGUGGAAGUGUGCAGGAACGCUGUGGUAGGGAUACCAGGCACUGGCGCAGGAACCUGUACAUGAGCUGCUAUGGGAGCAGAGGGAGGGAGGGGCAGAGCUCCACGUCCCAGGGGGAGGAUUUGUGCCAGCCUGCCCCACAGCUGCCAGACACAGGCAGCUAGGAGCUGGCAGAAGGCUUGCUUUGUCUUCUGGUUGCAGUGAGGGGAGAGAGAGAAUAAAGCUUAUUUUCCUGCCGGGAGAAUCUUCUAGCAGUGUGUGAUGAAGAUGCUGUUCAGACAAGUGUGACUUUUCUGAGUUAUUGGAAGUAAAAAAUUCCUUCUUUGUGCAA